UGCUGAUUUAUAAAGUUGUUUUCCAUCAGGAUCUCAUGGCUGACCUAAAAUCAGAACUGUCCAAAAACCUCGAAAGACUCAUCCUGGGUCUCAUGAUGACUCCAGCAGAGUUUGACGCUAAGAUGAUGAAGAAAGCCAUGGAGGGCGCAGGGACUGAUGAACAUUCAUUGAUUGAGAUCCUGGUCACUAGGAGCAACCAGGAGAUUCAGGAGAUGUGUGCCGCCUAUAAGAAUGCCUAUAAAAAAAGUUUGGAGGAUGCCAUCGCAUCAGAAACGUCUGGGAAAUUCAAACGGAUCCUGAUAUCUUUGGCACAGGGAGCCCGUGAGGAGGGCCCAGCGGACAUGGCCAGGGCCUUGGAAGAUGCCCAAGAGUUGGCAGAUGCAUGCAAUUCAGAGUCCGAUGACAUGGAGGACAAGUUCAUGAGUAUUCUGUGCACAAGGAGUUUUCCUCACCUGAGGAGAGUGUUCCAGGAAUUUGUGAGGUGCAGCAACAAAGAUAUCGAACAGACCAUAAAGAAGGAGAUGUCAGGAGACUUUAAAAAUGCCAUGUUUGCUAUUGUGCGGAGUGUGAAGAAUCAGCCAUCCUACUUUGCUGACCGAUUGUACAAAGCCAUGAAGGGCCUGGGAACAGACGACAGGGCUCUGAUCCGUAUCAUGGUGUCCCGCUCUGAGAUUGACCUCUUCAACAUCCGCAAAGAGUUCAAAGAAACCCAUGAAGCCUCUUUGCAUGAAUUCAUCCAGGUAGAAAUGCUUGUUGUGUUGCACAUCCUCUUUUGGUUAAGUGGAGGGGAACAGAGUGUUUGACAGGUUCCUGCGGUGUACUCGCUCGACUCAGCUGUUUAGGAAUUCCCCCUGCAUGCUUGACUUCCUCUCAGUGUGCUGAAUCUGAUUGGUGGAGAGAAUGGAGACAGGAAGUGUUCAAUAACAGGUCUAUACUGGCUCUGUAGUCAAAACUCCCUUUAGAGAUCAAUAACAACAAUAAAUUAUACAUUAUGCCUUUUUUGGGCUUAUUUUGCUAUUAGUUGGGCCAGUAGGCAAAUAAACCAACCGCAAAACAAGCUAAUGCAUCAUUUAAAUUCAAAUCAUAUAUAUAUACAGUAUAUACGUAUAUACAUAUACUGUAUAUAUAUAAAAAUAAAAAAUAACAGCAUGAUUUAUUUUUAGGUGCUUGCAGAUAAAGCAU